GUAUUGGGACGAAGUAGCGAGCCGAUUUGACACACGAGCUGUUGAGUAAUUACCCAUAUCACAUUCAUUCCCAUCAUACAACCAUCAGUCAAUUUCACUUUUCCUACAACCCAAUGAAGUCGGUUUUUUAGCCGGAAUAAGUUUUUUUUUUUUUAAAAAAAAAAAAAAAAAAAACCCAAAAAUUUUUACAAAUCAAUUAUCAUUUGUGGGAAAAGAGAAAAGGUGGGGAUAAAUUCAAGUUAAAGAAGAACAGGAAGAGUUUUCUAGAUUGCCUUCUAACCUUGGAGAAAAAGCGGAAGUUUAAAGUUGGCAAAUCAUGUCCCAGCAGCAAGUUGAUGAAUUUGAUUAUAUGGCGGAUGAACCUGAUGUGGCUGAUUUCAUUGAUGAUGUAGAUGGCGAAUUUUUUGCUCGAGACGACGGGAAUAUAGGAGUGGAUGAGUAUGAUUUGCUUACGGAGGUGACUGAUACAUCAGCUGCGAGUGCAAGACGAGGCAAAGAUAUUCAGGGUAUUCCCUGGGAUAGGUUGAAUAUAACUAGAGAGAAAUACCGGUUAACUAGGCUUGAGCAGUACAAGAAUUAUGAGAAUGUCCCUACCUCUGGGGAUUUCAUAGAUAAGGAAUGGAAGUCGAAGGAUAAGGGUGGAAGUUAUUAUGAAUUUUUCUACAAUUCAAGAAUGGUUAAACCUACAAUUUUACAUUUUCAGCUUAGAAAUCUUGUUUGGGCUACAUCAAAACAUGAUGUUUAUCUCAUGUCCAACUAUCUAGUGAUGCAUUGGUCAUCAUUAACUAGAAAUUUGUCAGAGGUGGUUAACUUUGCAGGCCAUGUUUCUCCUUCCGAGAAACACAAAGGAAGCUUGUUGGAAGGUUUCACCCAAACCCAAAUCAGUACAUUAGCAGUCAAAGACAAACUCAUGGUUGCCGGAGGUUUUCAAGGAGAAUUAGUAUGCAAGCGCCUUGAUAACCCGGGAAUCAGUUUCUGUGCUCGUACAACAUAUGAAGAUAAUGCUAUCACUAAUGCUGUCGAAAUAUUUAGCAGUUUGAGUGGUUGUCAUCAUUUCAUGGCGUCAAAUAAUGAUUGUGGAAUACGGGAAUAUGAUAUGGAGAGAUUUGAGCUUUUAAAGCACUUCCGCUUCCCUUGGCCUGUAAAUCACACAUCAAUUAGCCCAGAUCGGAAGCUCAUUGCUGUUGUAGGAGAUCAUGUUGAUGGUUUGUUAGUCGAUUCACAAAGUGGAAAGGUAGUUUCAACUGUGGAAGGUCAUCGUGAUUUUUCCUUCGCAACCGCAUGGCAUCCAAAUGGUUAUGUUUUCGCCACAGGCAAUCAAGACAAAACAUGCCGAGUUUGGGAUGUGCGUAAGCUUUCAGAAUCAGUUGCAGUUCUAAAGGGAAACUUGGGCGCAACUCGAUCCAUCCGAUUUUCAUCAGACGGCAAAUUCAUGGUGGCUGCCGAACCAGCCGAUUUUGUCCAUGUGUAUAGUACACAAGCAAACUAUGAGAAGCGCCAGGAGAUUGAUUUCUUCGGGGAGAUCUCCGGAGUAUCACUAAGCCCUGAUGACGAGUGUUUAUACAUAGGAAUAUGGGACAGGACUUACGCGAGCUUGUUACAGUACAACAGAAAGCACACUUAUCAAUACCUCGAUUCGUUCAUAUGAUAUGAGUACCAAUACCCGAAUUCAAUCAUAUGAAUGAAACGAGAAACCGGUCUACUCAUUUUCGAGUGUUCCAGUUUGUGUUUCUGAAACUGUGAUUGUUUUGAAUCAAAAAUAGACCCAACAUUUUAGAAUAAAAGCAGGGUUGCAGGAUAUAAUCAGUAGUGAAGUGUACCUUUUAGAUGUGUAUAGUAAGAGGUAUGCAACUAUAAAUUUGAUUUUUCCCUACUAUUUAUAUAAAAAAGAAAGAAAAAAAGAUCCAUUUUCUUUU